AGCUCUCUGCAAUUAAAGUUUUCAUCUACUACUAGAAAGCAAAAGCGAAGAGUGUUCGAUACUCGUACAAACAUGGCGGUGGUCGGAGACGUGAUUGUGACCAAAAUCAUCGAGAAGUUGGUGGAGAUCGGGCUCGAGUAUGCAGCAGAACAGUAUUUUGCUCGGGAUGCUCGGAUGAAAGAUGAGCUUGAAAGGCUCAAGAAAGCUCUUCCUCGUAUCCAAGCCGUUGUGGAGAUGGCAGAGAGCGGGCAGCAAGAGAUCAAGGGAGGACUCGACGAAUGGUUGUGGCAACUAAAAGAUGCAUUGGAUGAGGCUGACAACGUACUUGAUGAGCUUGAUUACCUCAGACUACAGAAACAAAUUGAGGAGAAAGCCUCAGGCAGCAAAGAACACGGUGAUAGUGGCAGGGGUAAAGUGCGUGGUUUUCUCUCCGACUCCAAACGGAAAGUUGUAAAAGCUAGUAAAAGGGUCUUCAAAUCCGAUCCCACCCUCGGGAAACUGAGGGGGCUGUGAAAAGGCUAGAUGAAGUCGCAGCGGGCGUGGGAAAUUUCAUCUCUACACUACAAGA